AUGGACUCAUUCACCAGGAAAGGCAGGUCGGAAGAGGUUCGCUGGGGUUCAAACCUUCACAGGCUGCGUCUCGCGCAAGCGACAAGGGGCAAGUUCCAGGACAAGGCCCUAAGGAACAACUUGGCGCUCGACUCUGAGUCUCGCAACCCCGCACCGCUAUCCGAACCUCGGGGACAGACCGACCCCGGACCCGAAUGCCGACACGACUCACGUACGCUGGAAGGCGCGAUAUGGAAGGCGCGGCCCAAGCGUGUGUGGGCGCUCGCUGCGGGUGACUUUUGGAGAAAGGCGACAGGAGAGAGGGGAAGGGGAGUCGGAACCUCGGGCCUCGGACGCUCUGUGUCCUGA